UUUUGUUUUACAGCGUUCCUGACUUGAGCACUGAUCAGGCAUAUUUGCUGCAGAUGUCUCAUGCUGUCGCCAAUGGACAGGUCCUGCCUCAGCUUGCUGAUCUCCAGCCAGGUCCUUUAAACCAUGCCCGGUGGCUUACUCUAGCAUGUCGCAUUUUGCGUUUAUAUGUUGCCACUGAAACCCCGGGGGAAACACUGAUAACAUUAGCUACUUUUGUGAUGAGGGUCUAACGUUCCUCAGUGGUUCGACGUAAAACGGAGGCCCUCGUGCAUUGACGGUGCUCGCCACAUCUUCAAAGCGAUUCAACGGUCCAGGUACUUGCCUCAGCUGUAUCGGCAGGUAGUUCAGAAUGUCAUUCAGACAAAUGCCUUCUUCGCCCACCACGAGAAUAUUUUGCUAGCAAUGCUGUACGAUGACGUGGAAGAGACGCGGAUUAAGGCCGGCUCAAUCAUCGUAGAAGCAAGACGCAGGCAGACUGGAACGGCAGACAUACGGGUGUUUAGAGUGCCAAAGAUCAAUUUCGAAGCCACUUCGUAUACAGAGAUGAUCACAUGGCCUUCUACUCCUUCUGCUCCGCCGAUUUUAAGUUCAUUGACUGACGAAGAAGUUAUAGAAAUUGCGACUACACGAGCUCGACCUAGUUUCACUGGACUUCCCUGUCACACACAGGCCGUCGAACGGUGCGUCAAGUUGGUGACUGAAUCAUCCUCGGCUGUUUGCGGUGAAAAAGCCAGGGAGGGCUUCAUUCAGUGCCGUAUGGAAAGUCGCAAAACUCUUCCUAAUUUAGACACAAAGAAAGAUUUUCUCUUAAUGUUCGGAAAACAAAUGAAUUGUUAA